AAGUUGCGCUCUUUUUCUGGUCUUGUCUGUCAGUGCGCCAGCCAUUAACAAAGCAAACAAGUGGCAAAUUGUUGAAUAUUUCAAACGGAAAUUGAUAUCAUCAAGUGUCAAGUACAAUAAAUUCCAGAAAAUUACUUACAAGUAAAAUAAUAUUUUAUUCUAUAUCUAUAAAAAAAGUAAACAAAAAAGACAUUUAAUAAUAUUAAGAGUACAAGCAAUUAAAGAAUUUCAUAUAAAUAGAGGAGAGCGUGAACUUACAAAAAGCGAAAAUCCUUUAAUUCCCAACGACUGAAGCGUUGUAACUUGACGCGGCGAGCAAGAGAGAGCGAGAAGGAGUGAUAAAAAAACAGAAUAGCAGAACAUCUACACCGCGCGCGACACAAUAUAGUACAAUAAUAGACAACAAUAAUAAUAUUAAUACCUUGUUAUCGACAACACUUUGCGGACGAGAGAAAGAAAAUAAAUAAAGUUUUCCCGUAAAGAAGAAAUAUUUAAAAAAGACUUUUGCAUAAAAAUAUUGAACAUUUUAUUUUGUUUAAAAAAAUUCAUUGCGCUGCACAUAAUGCCGGGAUCUUGUCAACGUAUACGUUUACCAUCGCUGACAUCAGUAUUAAAGUCGACUCGUGCCAAUAGUGCCGACUACCCUAGCAGCGGCAGCAGCAGUGGCAGCAAUGCAACAAGGGAUAAAUGCGCCACAGCUGCACAUUCAAGUACGCAAUUGAUACGCAAACAGCAGCAUCGCAUCGUUGUCAUGGGAGCAGCUCGUGUUGGCAAAAGUUGCAUCAUUUCACAAUUUUUAUACGAUAAAUUUAAUGUACGCUAUAAGAAAACUGUUGAGGAAUUGCACCGUGGAGAGUACGAUUUACCAGACGGUUCGGCACUAACGCUCGAUAUACUUGAUACGUCGGGUGCUUUCGAAUUUCCAGCUAUGCGUACGCUGUCAAUAGCUACCGGUGUAGCAUUUAUAUUAGUAUAUGCCGUCGAUGAUAUUGAAUCUUGGCAUGAGGUCGAACGAUUGCGUAACCAGAUCAUCACGGAGAAAGGCAUUAAGCCUCCUAUCGUUGUGGUGGGUAAUAAAGUUGACACGUGCGAGCGUCAGGUGGAACAUGAAGUAACAGAAAUGGUUGUUUGCGAAGAUUGGCAAUGCGGUUAUGUUGAAUGUUCGGCUAAAGAGAAUCGCGGCAUAUUGGAGAUAUUCAAAGAACUUUUAGUACAAGCGAACAUACGCUACAAUCUAAGUCCGGCGGUACGACGGAGACGCCAAUCAUUGCCAUCGUUUAGUACAGGGGGUAAGACUAAAAGUCCUUCGUAUCGUAGUGGCUUAAAAAGACAUUCAUGCACAAUGACCUGAAGGAUUUAAUUGAUGGCAAUAGAAUAUGACAACGAGGAAACUUAAAGAACACAAAAGAGGAAAACUAGAAAAAACAAAAAACAAAAAAAAAAAAAAACAAACCAAAAAAAGAACAUUUGAAUGAUUAGUUUUGCUCGAUAAAAAGUCGAUAUUUGAAACCAUAGACCAGCAACACUAAUAUGCUGUACGCAAUAUAGAUACUGUUAAACACACGCACACGCUUGCACAUGAAUACAUAUCUAUAUUUAUGUAGAUUGAUUGUUCUAGGAAAACAGGAGUGUAAAAGAGCAAAAUGAAGAAAAAAAAGAAAAAAAAAAAACACAAAAAAUCAGGACAAGAAAGAUAGAACAAAUAAUUGCAAAUAUUGAAAUUUAAGCUUUGUUCUAAAUGGCUUCGUUAUCUUUUAAUGGAAUAUGCUCGUAAAAAUAAAAUGGAAGACAAGGAGAAAUCUCAAAAGAACGCUCACCAUGAAAAGGUCGAAAUACAGUAUUUUAUUUUAUUCGUUUUAUUUAUGUUUUUAUAACAAUAAAACAUUUUCCUUUCCAAGACUAUCGUCAAAGGUAGAAUAUAUUUUUAAUUAAACAUUUUUCCAUGUUACAAAAAGCAAAAGACCGAGAGGACAAAAAAAGUAAUCUUAGAUAAAACGCACAAAUUUGUUGGGACAAAAGGGAAAAUUAUUAAAAAAAAAAUUAUUAUGGCUCUUUAAUCUACUUAUGAUAAUAAUAAGAAAGGAGCAGUAUUAGAGCAACAGUAGGGUUUGUUAUUAAAAUUAACCCCCAUCCUCUUCAACUAACUACCUUCCCCAUCAUGUUACAUUAUUAAGGCCAUUUUCCAUUUUGAGACACAUUGACUGAACGAUAUCCUGGAUAUUAUUUUGAGUUUAAUUUAUUAGCUCAGCUUUCUAUAUACACGAGAUUUGGUAAAAAAAAGAUGAUUUUUGAUAUUUCUGGAAAAAUAUCUAUGCAUUCAUCGAUAUCUAUUUUGUCCCCUUCAAAGUAAUACCUUUUGAUGUAAUACAACUGCGUUGGCGCUUUUUCCCAUCCCCCAACCACUUCUGAUAUGCGUUCUUUAGUGUGGGCUUGAGCUGUUCCAGCCAGGCAGUCUCUAUCUUUUUAAUCGUGGCUAAACUCCGUCCUUUCAUGGAUCGUUCCAGUUUCGGAAACAGGAAAAAAGUCGUAGUGGGCUAAGUCCGGUAGUCAAAAAAUUGUGACCAAGCCAAGUCAACAUAUAGGAAUUUCGAAACAAACUUCGCUGCCACACAUUCCAUGCCCAAAGCAUCCGAGAAAAUUGUAUACCACGAACCAACCGACCUGCCAGCAUACUCAGCAAUUUCUCUAAUAAUGAUCCUCCAUAACAAUUAUUUUCGCUGCUUGUACCACUUAUAAACUUAUAGAGAUAGACUCGCCAAAUGCCACACUCAAUAUUUUAAGUGAGUUGAAGCAUUUACCUUUACUUUUCAGACACACCUUAAUGCAGACUGUUUGAUCCGUUUGGUUGGAUAGCAAAAAACUCCCCAGCACAUGAUAACACCUUUGUAUAACCUUUGUAUCUGCCAACAAAAAACUAAAAAUACAAAAUCGCUCUUGUAGCAAACAUACGCCGGGGACAUGUGUACCAACAUAACAAAAAAAAAUUCGAAAAUCGAAUGCUUGUAGCCUACGAAAUUUGAAAAAUCGCACCUCUUAUGUAUAUAUAUAUAUAUACAUAUGUUUGCUGAGAAAAAACCGUUUCUUUUGCGUACCUAUUUGAGCUUAGCAAGUGAGAACACGUCGUAAGGAGAUGUGUUUAAAGAAUAGAUUGGUUGUGGUCAAUUUUUAGAAAAUUUAGACAAAUUUUUGAUUUCAAGUUGAAAAAUCUGAAAUUGUGAAAUUCUGAUUUGAUCAGUAUCCUCUUUAACAUUGCUACUUUCACACCCUAAUAAGUGAUAUUCUUUUAUGAUAUUCUUUCACGAACGUCAUUUCGAUCAAACCGUAAAUAUGAGUGAACCAAAUUUAACAAAUUACAUAUAAAUGCAAGAGAAUUUCACUUGCCUAGUAAAUAUAAGUUCAAUUUGGAGUAAGUUUCUAAUCUGCAUAGACUUUCGAUUAGAAUAAAAUGAAAUAAAAGCAUAGCUUUCGGCUUGGGGGCGACGAUUCUCGUGACUUUUCGAUCAAGCCAAAUAUUUAUUAUUGAGGUGAACUUGACAUAUACAUAUUUGUAUAGUACAAGGUAAAUGCUAGUUUGCCUAGAGAACAUACAUAAAGGGUUCAACUUGGAGUAGAUUUCAAAUCUCUAUAGUCUGCCUUACUAAGCCCAUAAGAACAAGUUGAAAUGAAAGCAUGCCUUUUGACUUUGCGACGAAAGUGCUGACAGGCAUGUCUAGACUCUUAUCGAGAUUCAAAUGACCAGAGCAAUAUAUUUGCUUCACGAUUUCAACGAUAGUUUAAUUGCGCCAACAAUUGCGAACGAGCUUACUGACCGACAAAUACUUUUAGAUUUAAUAGAGCUUUGGCUAUUAUAAAUAAAACAAUUGAUGUGUGACAUAAAAGAAAACCAUUCCGUUUUGACAAAGGCUUCUUUUUUAAAAAAU